AUGCCUCCUGCCCAGCCUAGUCGCGGCGGUCCCAGUGCCGCCAAGAAGGGCACCGCGACGAAGAUCCCAUCAACCGGUGGAAAAGGCAAGGGCAAGACCGUGUUGCCCGGCGCAAAGCGUCGCAGGAAGAUUAUGAAGGACACGAUCCGCGGCAUUACCAAGCCUGCAAUUCGUCGUCUCGCUCGUCGUGGCGGCGUCAAACGUAUCUCGGCCAUGAUCUACGACGAAGCCCGCGCUGCUCUGAAGGCUCGUCUUACCCAGAUCCUGGGCGACUGCGUUGAGUACACUGAGUACCGCAAUGCCAAAACGAUUACCAUCUACGAAGUAAUCCAUUCUCUCCGCCGCAUCGGAACCCCGAUCUACGGUUUCGAUCCCGACACGUACACCGACCCCAAGAACCGCAAGGGUGGCGCUAAGCACCACCGCGGCGACGACUGA